AAAGAUACGUUAGUCAGUCAGUGGUUGCCCAUCGCGCAACGAAGGUUACCGAAACUCAUUUUUGUCUUCAUUGAAAAAAUAAUUUCCAGCCGUCAUGGCUGAAGGACCGAAAAUUAAUAUCGGACUCUAUCCUCCGGAGUACAACAGAGCUCUGCACGGACCAUACGACCCGGCUCGGUAUUAUGGCAAACCCGACACUCCCUUUGGCGAAGUGAAACUCGGCGAGCUCAUAGCUUGGUUUGGCCGCCGUCAAAAAACUCCAUCCAGUCUCGCUGGUCUGAUUUCAAGAGCUUGGUGGCGUUGGCAACAUGCCUAUAUACUACCCAAACGUACAGGAAUCGCUCCUUUUGCUCAAUUCACGUGUGCAGGAAUGGCAUUCUUCUACUACCUCAAUUAUGACAGAAUUAAGCACCACAAGAACUACAAGUACCAUUAAUGAAUACGGUCGCCGAAGCCCUGUAUCUGCAAUCACGUGAUAAUCUCCGAUAUAUCAAUAGUCGAGAUUGUACGGUGGAACAUUGAGGCAAAUAAACUCCAGCUGAGAUAGUGUAAAAUUAUAA